CUCCAACCCACCGACAUGGGCUCGGUUUUCCCCGCCGACGCGCUGAGGAUGAAAUCCGGCUUCAAGUCUCCAAAUCUGUCUCUGUGUGAAAUCAUCACCUCGGAUGUCCUGCACAGCUUUCUGUACGGCAGAUGGAGAAACGCACUGGGAGAACAACCUCAGCCUCAUCAUCAUCCUCCUCCUCACCCUCACCAUCAUCAUCCUCAACUUCAUCAGGGCUCCGAAGAGAAGCCGCAGCAUCCCGUCAGUAAAACCGCGUUCACAGCCGAGGUCCUGGCGCAGUCCUUCUCCGGAGAGGUUCAAAAGUUGUCAAGCUUGGUGCUGCCCAGUGAGGUGAUCAUUGCUCAGAGCUCCAUCCCUGGGGAAGGCCUGGGGAUUUUUUCCAAGACGUGGAUUAAAGCCGGGACUGAGAUGGGUCCAUUUACUGGCCGCAUCCUUCAUCCCCAACAUGUAGACCUGUUCAAAAACAACAACCUAAUGUGGGAGGUGUUUAAUGAUGACGGGACAGUACGCUUCUUCAUAGAUGCGAGUCAGGAGGACCAACGCAGCUGGAUGACCUACAUCAAGUGUGCAAGGAACGAACAGGAGCAGAACCUGGAGGUGGUGCAGAUUGGCAGCAGCAUCUUCUACAAAGUUGUGGAGACAAUUCCUCCUGAUCAAGAGCUGCUUGUUUGGUAUGGGAAUUCACACAACACCUUUCUGGGAAUUCCCGGUGUUCCUGGAAUUGAUGAUGAACAUCAGAAAAGAAACAGGAACGAUGAUUCACACUCGAGCGACAGCAACCCCUCGAGCUCGCCGUCCUCCUCCACGUCCUCGUCGUCGUCCAGCCGCAUGCGCUGCGUCAUCUGUCACCGCGGCUUCAACUCACGCAGCAACCUGCGCUCUCACAUGCGCAUCCACACACUGGACAAACCCUUCGCAUGUCGCUUUUGCAACCGCCGCUUCAGCCAGUCGUCCACACUGCGCAACCACGUGCGCCUGCACACCGGCGAGCGCCCCUACAAGUGCCACGUGUGCCAGAGCGCGUACUCGCAGCUGGCAGGUCUCCGCGCGCACCAGAAGAGCGCCAAGCACCGGCCAGCAGGCACCAGUACAGAAACCAGGCAGCCGUCUCCUGCCUCUCCGUCACAGAUGGCCUCCUCCUUGGUGCCGCUGGUGCACCACAUAGCCACCAUGGUGCUCUGAGGGAUGCGGGGCCGAGUCACGUG